UGUCCAAGAUGCAGGAGGCUGAUCAGAAGGAUGAUUGUGAUGAUAUCAGUGACACCUCUGUUUCCUCCAUUCGGUCUGUUUCCAUGGCUGAUGGAUCCCAGAGUGACCCAUUACCGGAGGAGCAGCAAAGUUCAUGCCCAGAGAACUCAAAAAAAGGCAUUUCAUAUUAUUUAUUAGAUAUGUUCUGAACAUUGCCCACCGUGAUUCUUUAUCCAUGCGUGAAGUGCUAAUUAUCUCCCAUUUUGUUCAAAAAGCAACAGGUUUCCAAAAGCAGAAGACAAACAAAAAAGCAUGCUGCCACCCUCUGAACACACCUGUGAUCAAUCCAAGAACCCAGUGUGCUGAGCCAAGUAACAUGAAGGAACUCAAAAACCAGGUGUGCUAUCUGCAGAACCAACUGAGUGAAGCCAGGAAUAAAAACAAACAACUGGAGAGGGUGAACCAUCGCUGUGCGGUCGCACUGCAACACUUCCAAGAAUUGGAGGAAAUCCUUCCACAGACUCUCGCCCAGCAUGAAAACGAGUCACGGGCCCUGAAUGAGUUGCUUCAUGAGGCUCAUAUGAGCCGGGACAAAGUUGCAAGGGAGCUCCAAAGUGCAAAAGACACAUUACACAAAGCACAAGACAGUCUGCAGCAUUUGGAGCAGCUCAACCAGGAUCACAACUUUCUGGAAAGAGAAAAACUCACUUGCAAACUGGAGAAAGUCACUGCUGAGGUGGACAUGAAGAACAAGAGGAUUUUGGACCUGGAGAAAAACCUUCAAUUGAGCCAAGCCUCCUUCAGCCACCAUAUUGAAGUACAAGAAAGAAAGACGAAUGAGGCAAGGAAGACAAAUAUCUACCUGGAACAACAGAUAUAUUAUUUAAGACAGAAACUCCAAGAUAAAGAGAAUAAACUGAUAAUGCACAGUAUGGACUAUCACAGAUUCCUAAAGGGAUGGAACAAAAAAGCUAGGGAAGGCAUGACAGAUCCAGAAAAUGCAUUACCUCCUCCUGAAACUGAGCUAUUCUUCUUACGCUGUUGGAUGUGUGCUUGGGGUUGCUGUUCUUCUAAAAGAUCAGAGAGCUUCACCUAAAACCUGGAGAUCUGACCCUGAGAAACACUC